AUGCUUGCUGGGAUUUUUGCUGCUGUGUUUCUCUGGGCACUUGCUUCCGCUGCAUGGGUAUCACCACCUCUACCUCCAUCUCAGGACCCAUUCUACGAGGUUCCUGGAAAUGUGUCAGGGUACGAAAAUGGCGAUAUCAUCAACUGGAGACCCACCCCAGCCCAGCUCCGAUCGGUUUAUUUUCCAUUGAAUGUCGAAGGCUCAUGGCAGCUUCUAGUCAGAUCAGAGGACUCUGAAGGGAACCCAACGGCUUUUGUCACCACGGUGAUUAAACCGUACAACGCCAUUCCAUCGAAGGUUCUCUCCUACGAGGCUUUUGAAGAUUCAGCCUGUUUGGACUGCAGUCCCUCCUACUCUGUUCUUUAUGGUGCAUCCAUGAGAACCUUCAGUAUCCAGGUGGAGGUGGCCAUGAUGAAUAUUGGCCUUUCCAAAAACUGGUACGUUGUUCUUCCAGACUACGAGGGACCCAGAUCGGCGUUUUCAGCAGGCGUCCAAUCUGGAAAAGCCACCUUGGACGGGAUUCGUGCUGCGUUGAAAUCGUCAGAAAUCACCGAAAUCAGCAACGACGCCAAGGUGGGUCUUUUUGGGUUUUCUGGAGGAUCCAUAGCGGUGGGAUGGGCAGCUCAGCUUCAGCCUGAACAUGCUCCAGAGCUAAAGGACCAUAUUAUCGGUGCAGCCGCUGGCGGUUUUGUCACUAAUAUGACCCUGUCUGCUAUCGCCAUGGAUGGAACCUCAUACUCUGGAUUGGCAGUUGCAGCGGUAAACGGUCUUCUACAGGAAUAUUCAGGACUUCUGGACGUUUUGGAAAAGGAAAUCAACCCUGCAAAGCUCGACACUUUCUACAGAGCCAGAAGCCUAUGUCUCAGAGAGCUUUCUGGGGUAUACGACUUGACCGAGCUAUUCACAGGCAUAGAUCCGUGGAUGACUAAGGGCAUAGGAUUCUUCGAUGUGCCUGAAAUAAAAAAGGUGCUUGAACAGAACAUUCUAGCUUUGGACGGCGGUGUUGCCCCAGAGGUACCCUUCUUCAUAUUCCACGGAGAAGAAGACGAUUUGGCUCCGAUAGAGCAGCCCCAGAGAGUAUAUGAAAACUGGUGCUCGUGGGGUGCUCCUUCUGUGGAAUUUGCUGUUUCCAGCUCCACAGGCCACCUGCUUGAAGCUGUAACUGGACUAGGUGCCGCUUUUGCAUGGCUAGAAAACCGGUUUGACGGAUAUCUUCCCGUGAAAGGCUGCAAGCGGACCGUCAGAGACAACAACAUUGCAUACCCUGGAGCGUAUCCCAAUUAUCAGCGUCUUUUGAAUACUUUCUUCAGAGGUAUCUUUGGAGAGAAGAUUGGUGACGAUCCUAGUGAAGAGACCAUGCUAGCCAAGAUUCUUGCUUUUAUUUUGAGCGAGUGGAUUGGCGUUUUGCAGGGAGAGCAGAGAACGUUGGAGAGUCCCAGGGUCGGUUUGGCUGCAAAUUCUUCUGGGCUGAGGGUGUUCAAAGGAUUGGGUGAUGUGGUGGACCUCUGGAGGAAAGAGAAGAUCGAUCCAUGGAGGGUCAUUGAGGAGGCCGAGGUUAAGCGAUAG